AUGCCCAAUAUUGGAAGACCAUCGAAAGGAUGUAAGCACUGCAGGGAGAGGAAGGUCAAGUGCGAUCAGAAGCGACCUACCUGCUCACAAUGUAUUCGAUCCGGCAAGGAGUGCUAUGGGUAUCGCGACGCCCUGUCGAUGAUGUUCAAAGACGAGACUGCUGUCGUCGCGAAAAAGGCGGAGAAGCGUUAUGAAGCAUUGGCCCUGCAGAACCCCCAAACCAGCUCGGGGUCUAGAGAAAGACAGCUUUCAGAUGUAGGCGGUUCCAAGGGCUCCCCCAUUAUCUGGACGGAUACAGAUACUCAUAGUCUGCGACCGUACUUUCCAUCAGCAUCAAGAUACCCCACGCCCGAAAGCAUGACCAUGGAGAUUACGUCAUCAGUCGAAGACCAAGCCGUAGGGUUCUUCAUCUCGAACCAUGUGUCGCAACCAACUCUCAUACCAAGGGGGCAGUACGAAUGGGUAAUCGAGGCAUUGAAUGAGCCUGGCUGCGAGGAGAUUCUUCGAUGUAGUGUCCAUGCCGCAAGCUUAGCUGGACUUGCAAACUCAACAAAGAACUCAGUGAUCAUGGCGAAAGCUCAUGCAGCUUAUGGCUCCGCCCUACGCAUGACGAACAACGCCCUACGUGUGAAAGAAACUGCGGUAAAAGACACCACACUGGUCUCAGUCAUUAUGCUGGGCAUGUACGAGAACUUCGUGUUCCAUGACAAUCGGUCGAUCCAAGCAUGGGCGAAACACAUGCAAGGGGCAAGCGCUAUCCUGAAUCUCCGAGGCAAGGAGCAAUUCGAGUCAAAUACCGCGAGGCGUAUCUUCCAUCAAGUUUAUGGUCUGAUGAUGUUGGUCAGUCUAGAAGCCGGCCAAGCAGUUCCUGACGGCAUGCGUGAGCUAUACGACUACUGCAAUCCAUCAUCGAACUACGCCAUUCACGGUCGACAAUGGACGACGAGACUCACGAAUUUCAUGCACGACGCCAUUGACGUUAACCGAGACAAAGAAAGUGAUCCAGUCACUUUGGUUACCAGAGCCAUCAGCCUCGACCGCGAGCUCGACAGCAUCAAAGCGCUUAUCCCGAAGAUCUGGCGAUAUGAGACCAUUCACCUUAAGCAGCCAUCUAAGUAUGCUUAUGGCACCUUCUAUCACGUCUACACGGAUUCAUGGAUUGCUCAAAUGUGGAACAAUCUUAGGUCCUGUCGAAUGAGUCUGUAUCGAGUUAUCCGCGAACAGCUCUGGAAGGGGCGUGCAUGUAAUCCACCUCUAUUCUCAAGAGAGGAAGUCGAGCCACAGGUAGCCGCUGCCGAGAAAAUUAUACGAACCACCAUAGCAGCAGUGUGUGCAUCUGUGCCACAGCUGACGGGCAUGAUCAUCUUUCUACAAUGGCCUGCGCCUACAUCAGGUGGCCCUUUUGCAGGAUCCUUUCCUGAAGUAGUUAAUCCGGACCAUGCUCGAUAUCAGAUCCAUCCACCUGGCACAUUUCUCGACCCAGCUAGGCCUACUGGCAUGCACCAUCUUAUCUGGCCAUUGUAUGCCGCCGGGUUGUCAGACUUGGCGAGCAACGAAAUGCGACAAUGGGUGAUCCAGAUGCUGUACUUCAUUGCGCUGCGCAUUGGUACGAGGCAGGCCGUUGUUCUGGCUGACAGCUUGAAAGAGAUGCAGAAGUCAGCUCCGCUGCAGUCGAAAACCAUAGAGCCGAUUCUUGACUUUACAUUUGGGACUUAA